AUGUUAAUCUCCCUCCGUUCAUUGCAGAGCGUCCUCCUCAGCGUCCAGUCAGUGGAGCUCCAGUUCCACUCGGAUCCAAGCGAUUUGACAAUCUCGUCCUUGCUGCGUCUAACAAACAAUACUGCUGCCCGAGUUGCCUUUAGGCUGCUCACCAUAAAUUCGGAGUAUUUGUUGAGGCCACUCGGUGGUAUGGUGCCGCCAAUGUCCAGCUGCGUUCUUGCCGUGACCACGUUGUCUGACCAGAAACCACUACAGAACAGCGACGGGUGCUGCUUCACCCUUGAGAGUGUCAUAGCAGUCGAUCAGGGUGUACAAGAUGCAUCUCGUGACGCAGCAGACAGCUAUAGCAGAUUCUUUGCGGAAGCUCAAAAAGAUGGCCGUGUGGCCCAGCAGGUGAAACUGACGGCUUCCUACAUUGCACCUCCUGUAGCGGGGAACACGACAACGACUGAGAUGGUGACGCAACAGAAGAACAGUACAUAUCAGCAGCAGGAUUUACCCUUGAUAGCAGGCCCUAGCUGCAAUGAGCCAGAAUUUUAUGAUGUGCGUGAAACAUCUUCAGAUGUUAUAGAAGAACUUAUUGUUGGGAGGACUGAAGAAAAAGAACAAAUAAUGGCUUCUUUACUACAAUGUGACAGCAUGACACAUAACAUCACCAUUCUUCCUAUACAUGGUAUUGGAGGCAUUGGCAAGACAACAUUUGCAAAAAUGAUAUACAAUGAUACAAGAUUCAAAUAUUACUGUCAAGUAUGGGUCUAUGUGUCCCCAAGGUUCAAUUCAAAUAAAAUUGGCAAUUCCAUAAUUUCACAACUCUCUGAAAAGGACAGCCAACUAAAUGAGAAACAGAUGAUAAGGAUACACCUCAAGAAGCUACUAGCUGGGAAGAAGACUUUGAUUAUUUUGGAUGACUUGUGGGAAUAUAAUCCAAAUAAAUUGUUUGAUUUGAAGACUAUGUUAAUGCUUGGUGGGACAGGCAACACAAUAGUUAUAGUAACGACACGCGAUGAACGCAUUGCAAAGGAAAUUGGAACCACUGAGCCAUAUAAGAUAGAACUCCUGACAAAGGAAUUGUGCUGGGCUAUAAUAAAACAAAAAUGUGGUUUUGAAGCAAGGGAUGACAAAGAACAACUGAAGGAUAUAGGAUUGGAGAUUGCCUCAAAGUGUGGAGGUGUACCGUUAGCUGCUCAAUCUCUUGGGUACACAUUGCGGUUCAAGGAUUUAAAUGACUGGGAGAAAGUUAAUGAAAGUGAUGUCUGGAAUGAACCUAAUUCAAAGGAUGGAUCUUUGCAAAAUCAAGUGCUUGCAGCCUUGACAUUAAGUUAUAGCAGUAUGGAUCGACCCCUAAGGUCAUGUUUUACCUACUGUGCAAUCUUUCCAAAAGGUCACAACAUAGUUAAAGAUGAUCUAAGUCACCAAUGGAUUUCACUGGGGUUCAUCAGGCCAAUGAAACCACCGUUCAAGAAGCUCCAACUUAGCGAGAAGUACAUUGCGCAGCUCCUAGGAAUGUCUUUCCUUCAGCCUUCAAUGCCUCCAUCGACUUCUGGAGUGUAUCAUGAAGAUAUUACAUUUUUUACCAUGCAUGACCUGGUGCAUGACUUCGCCGUACUAAAAUUGGACGAUAAAUUUCUGGAUGCUAGUAAACAAGGCAGUAUUCGGGGAGGCAGCUGCCUCUUUGCACUGCUCACUGAUUGUAGCAAGUCGCUGGGAUUAUCCUUGACUUGCCCUGACAGUUUAAGGGCAUUGCGAUUUCUGGACUGCAGCAAAAUUGAACUAUGUGGAGAUGCAUUCUCAUCUGCAGCAUCCUUGUGCAUCUUGGAUUUAAGUGAAUGCCACAUAAAUCAGUUGCCAGAUUCUAUUGGCCACUUACAGCAUCUCAAGUAUCUUAAUGCUCCAGGAAUCCAUGAUAAAUCUAUCCCCAACUGUAUCACGAGGCUCAAGAAAUUAAACUAUCUCAGCAUUCGCGGGUCUUCUGAAAUAUUAGAAUUGCCAGAGUCGAUUGGAGAAAUGGAGGAACUGGUUCAUCUGGAUUUGUCAGGUUGUUCGAAAAUAAAAGAACUGCCAGAAUUGUUUGGCAAUCUUAAAAAUAUGGAACAUCUGAAUCUUUCAAAAUGCUCUGAUGUUCGAGGAGUAUCAGAACAGCUGGUCAGCCUCAAGAAACUGGAGUAUUUGGACGUAUCAUACUGCAAAAAUAUUGGAAACUUACCAAGAGAGUUUAGCAGUCUCACUGAACUGGAAUAUUUGAAUUUAUCAUUCAGUUCAUACCUGAUGGGUAUCCAAGACAGCCUCCUUUGGGACGAAGAAUUAUACAAGUAUCCAGCAGACAAUAUUUCAAAUCCUGUAGGACCCGGGAUAGAUGGUAUAGUUGAGGCAGAGAUCUUGGGCACCCUGACCAGGGUCAAAUAUUUGAAGUUAUGCAUAGAUGGAUUUACUACAUCAUUGCUUCCAAAGCUCCCUGAGUCUUUGGGAAGCUUUAGCCAACUCAAGUGUCUGGACUUAUCAGGUUCUUUUACACUGUAUAAAUUGCCAGCAUCAUUUGGGAAGCUCCAUGAUUUGCUACAUCUUGAUUUGUCACAUUGCUUUCGUGUUGAAGGUGUACCAGAAGCCUUGAUUGACCUUAGCAAGCUCAAAUAUUUGAAUUUGUCAGGCUGCUCUGCUGGUGUAAAUGAACAAGAACAACAGCCGAGCCUAAGAGGGCUGCAAGAAGCAAUUGGCAAUCUCACUGAACUACGCUAUUUAAAUUUACACAGGUGUCUGAAAACCAUGUACGGUGACCAGCAUGUAGACGAAAGCAAUGCUUUCCUGGGGCAAAUCAGUACACUUUCAAGCCUAGAGCACCUGAUCUUGUCACAAAAUGAGAAUCUUUACGGUUUACCUGAAAGUUUUGGCAAGCUCAGAAAGUUGCGUACGCUGAACCUCUCAUAUUGUGGGAACCUCAGGAAGUUGCCGGUAAGUAUAUCUGAAAUUGGCAGUCUGAAGUUUCUGAAUACGUCCCAUUGCCGCAGAUUUGAUGAGACCACAUUACCUCAGUCCAGAAAUAAUUCUGUCUUAUUACCUCACUUUAUGGUCCUUGCCGAUGAUAGUCAAUCCAGCAGCAAUCUUAUUAAGCUCAAGGAUGAAAAUCCUGCAAUCUUGGAGAUAAGCAGGCUUGAAAGAGUCAAGUCUGCUGCAGAAGCCCAGAGCAUAAAAUUGUCUGGAAAACAAAGAAUUGAAGAAAUAAAAUUUAAAUGGACGAAAGAUGCCGAGAGAUUUGUGGAGGACAUCGAAAUUUUACAAGAACUAAUGCCACCAGCCUGUUCAGAAUACUUGGUGCUACAAGGUUACAACAGCAUAUUUUUUCCACCCUGGGUGACAAGCAUCGCAAGCUAUUUACCUCGUCUCGUUAGUGUUUCCAUUAUGGAAUUGCCCAACUGCAAGAGCUUGCCACCACUCGGUCAACUAGGAAACCUUCAGGAGCUGCAUAUCGAGCAAAUGGACAGCAUCUCAAAGAUUGGCGCGGACUUCUACGGCUGCGCGGCGGGAGCUUUUCCCAAACUGAGAACCUUUCGUUUAUUCAGAAUGGAAAGCCUUGAAGAGUGGAACACGGAAUACACCUGUGGUGGUGGUGAGGGUGGCUCACAUGUUCUCGUGUUCCCUAUACUAACCCUUUUGGAUGUAAGAGACAGCCCUAAGCUGAGGAUAAAGCCAUGCCUUCCUAGAGGUGAGUACUUCUUGGACAUAAGGAGUUGCGACAAGGUACUAUACUACUCACCAUUGGAAGAGAGAUGCAACAUCAUCCCUGAAGAACUCUCCUACCCGGCUCCAAAAGGUCUUUUUAUGUAUUGCAGCGAGCAGCCUCUGCAUGAGUGGAGCUUGCUCCACCAGCACAAUGGGUUCAAGUACUUGGGCAUCGAGCAAUGCAGUGACCUCACAUGCAGCUCAGCAGAGAUUAUCCGAGGUCUCUCCUCCCUCGAGACUUUAUCUUUGAGAGAUUCCAGAAGCAUUACAGCCGUGCCGGACUGGUUGGGGGAUCUAAGCAGUCUCAUCAGACUUGAGAUAGUCAACUGCUCUGGCAUCCAAACUCUGCCAGAGAGCCUACAGCAACUCACUAAUCUUGAAGAGCUAACAGUUUCAGGCUGCCCUGAUCUAGUGCGGUGGUGCAAAUCAGAAAGCUCUACGACCCUAGCUCACAUCAAGUUUAAGGUAUACACUAUAUACCCGGCCAAGCUAUAUUUUGAGGGCGCUACUCCUUUUGCACAUUGA